AGACAUGACGUCAUUGGCGGAGGGAUAGAUAGCUGUGAGACAGAGAGCGAGAGCAGUACGCGCAGAGGACUACUAGUACUAUCCGCAGCAGACAGAAAGUGGAGGGCGAAAACUCUCGAAACGACAGCUUGCCGUAUGCCAAUGUGCAAAAUUAUACAGUUUCGUUAGAGGCCAAGGGAUCGAGAAUCAGUCGCAGAAGAUUCGAGCUUCGGUCAUCUGAAAGAGGAGUUGUAUAAAGAUGUCGUCUCCAAGUCCGGGCAAAAGACGAAUGGACACCGACGUGGUGAAACUUAUCGAGAGUAAACAUGAAGUCACAAUCCUGAGUGGACUCAAUGAAUUUGUAGUGAAGUUUUAUGGACCACAAGGAACACCAUAUGAAGGGGGCGUAUGGAAGGUGCGAGUAGAUCUUCCAGACAAAUACCCCUUCAAAUCGCCCUCUAUAGGAUUUAUGAAUAAGAUUUUUCAUCCGAACAUCGAUGAAGCGUCAGGGACAGUGUGUUUAGAUGUGAUCAACCAGACAUGGACCGCUCUUUAUGAUCUCACCAAUAUCUUCGAGUCAUUUUUGCCACAGUUGCUGGCCUACCCGAACCCCAUCGACCCUCUGAACGGGGACGCCGCAGCCAUGUACCUACACCGACCAGAGGACUACAAACAGAAAAUCAAAGAAUACAUCCAGAAAUAUGCAACAGAGGAGGCUCUGAAGGAGCAGGAGGAAGGAGCGGGCGACUCCUCUUCAGAAAGCUCCAUGUCUGACUUUUCAGAGGACGAAGCUCAGGACAUGGAGUUGUAGUUAAGGGUGACAGUUUCUCCCCUUUACCACAGAGACUAUAUUAUUUCCUAACCAUGCGAAGCAGACUAUAAAAGAUUCAUAUUUAAACAAGGUGAUUUUUUUUUUUUUUUUUAAUCAUUAUUAUUACUAAACCAGGAUUUUUAUGGAUAUCUAGCGUUGAUGAUGAAUAUGGCACCCUCUGUAGGUGUUCAAUCUCUACUUCUUGAUGGUUGUUUUUUACCCCCUUUUUUUUCUCUCUUUCACUCUCUCACUCGCUCUCUCCGUCACCCCAACAUAAGAAAGGCUUGUAGAGUUUCCCCCUUUGAUUCCACGUUGGUAUCUGCGUAGCUGGAAUGCAUGUCAUCGCCUCCCUAAUCCAACUUUUUCUGACGCAGACUGACCAGACAGAGGCCGUAUUUAAACGGGGGUGUCCUUUUUUCGCUUUUUGUCCCCUUGUGAUGUUACUAACCUACUGAGAGUUGUGUCCCAGAUGCUCUGAUACAUGAAUCCCCUGGGCUUAGACCUUUUGCCAGGACGGUCUUCAGGUGGAGUUGUUUGCAGAUGGAUCGGACACGUUUUGCCUCAUUACCACCUCAACGGUUUGAUCGAUCCCAUUCGAUCAUCCCAGUGCAACUCAUUUUGAAUUAUCGAUGCUUUCCUGGUUGUCCCAUUUUUUUUUUUACUUUUCAUUGUUUGUUUACUCUUUAAACAGCUGUUUUAAGAUUAAAACGCUUUAGAGGAAUUCUUCUUCUUUUUAUUUUGGUCUCACCUUGAGGGGAAAGUUUCCAUGCUGUAUGUUAAAGCAAGCAUCAGGAUUUUACAAAACACUUCUCAUCGAUCAAGCCCACGACACAGCGCCAGCGGAAAAUAUCAAUACGACUCCCUUUAAGUUCCUUGAGCAGUUUUUUUUUUUAAAGAGGAUUUAAGUGUAGAGGCUAGCACAGCGAAGCUCAACUUUUACACUAGCUUGAUGUUUCUGGCUUUUGUUGCCUCUUUGUGGAAGCCCCACACCACAAAACGUGGCUCUACGCUGUGUGACCUUCACAAAACGACCAGGAAGUGACUGUCCUGCUUUACGGAGCACAAAUCUUUAAUUUUGUACCAACAAUGUAUGCACAGAGUGUUUGUCUUUUUCCUCUUUCUGUCUCGCACCCUCUCCCUCUUUCUGAGCAUCUUUUUUUGUACAUUUGUUGUAUGAUGCGGAAGUGGAGUCAUGUAGGACUUUGUUGGUCUAGCCUAGAAGAAACCUUAAAGAGAAAAGAGACAAAAAAAAAAACAAUUUUUACUAACAUUUGUAGAGUUCAUCAUCUUUUCCUAUUGCUUGUGUAUAACUAUGAUAGCUGUUGUUUGACCUCAUGUAGAUCUAGUUAGUUUUACUGGGUGGUGAAAUCAAAGUUAGAUGUUCAUAUGGAUUUAGGUUUUGUAACCUGCUUGUCCGAUGUUAUACAGAUAUUAUCCGAAAGAUCCCAUUUGGUAAGAUCUGCCUUGUGGUUUUAGGGGAAAGUAACACUGAAGUGGGUUUUCGCUGUGACAUUAUGGAAACGGGCAGAUAUCUUCUGUAUAAAGAGCUUUUGAAUUUCAACCUCUGCAGAUAUCAUCAGUGGCAUGUUGGUACUACGAAGAACCAGAUUAAGUUUGUGUGCGUGUGUUUUUGCAGUAUUCUCACAAAUCUCACAUUCUGAAUGCACUUGUAGAUCCAUUCAUCGUCCAAAAUGUAAAUGAAACUGGGUUGAAGUGAAGAGUACGACGUUCCCGAAACACGGACGUCGACCCCUGACGGAAUGGCAUAUAAGGGGAGGUGUUUCAGUUCGGCUCGUGUGAUUUGAUACAGAGCUGCCUGUGUUUUUCCCAUGGAGUGGCUUUUUUAUGCUCUCUCAUUUUUUCUUUUCUAAUUAAAUUGAUGUUUUAUGGGCAAAACAUUUGAUGUUAUAGCCCGAGUCAAGAAUUGGCCAAAUUGUGCAAUGGACAAAAAAAAAAAAAAAAAAAAAGUCUCAGUUGAACAUUUUUGAGUCUAAAUCUGUUGAUGGGGGUUAUUUUUUUUGUUUUUUGUUUUUCAAGACAAAAGAAAAAACACCACUUAUAUGCAGUAUUGUAUUAAGAGGAAGUUAUCUUACAAGGAGAGAGAUGACAUACGUUUAGAGGCGGCUUUGUUUCACAUCUUUCAGACACGUAUGGAAGAAAAUGCUUUUCGGAUGUGGUUUGGUCACCAUGGUAAACAUUUUGCCAUGCCUAGCAACAUACACCCUUACAAACAUGACAAACUCAGCUUCUCUAUUUCAUUUCUGCUUCAUUUUUGAGCCCUGGACUUUAAUAAGAGAGACAAAAUGCGGACAUUUAGUUUGAACUAUAUAUUUUUCAUUUUGUUUUUAAUUCAUGUCAAAGAGUGAAAUGACUAUGGAGUCUGAGAAUCUCAAAUAAACAUAAGUGUGCUUCCA